GAAACUUUCUUUUAAUUAAGGAUCUAAAAUUCAUCGUACCAGCUACAUCCAACAAGUCUAGUCUAUUAAUUAAACUGCAGGUGAAGGAAAAUGAAUCUUAGGCAAUGCGGUAAUGAGGAUUGAAGAUGGAAACUACCGAGUUCAACAGAAGAAUUGGAAGAUCCUUUUGGUUUUGCUUCGUCCCCAUUCUCUAUUAUCUUGGUUCCGCAUCAGGAUUCGAGCCGGACUUUCUUUUUCCGCUAGAAAAUGUGACAAUUCCUCAGGGGAGAGACGCAACGUUUACCUGCAUCGUCAACAAUUUGGGUGGAUACAGGGUGAGUGGGGAGUCCUCCACUGCUCGGGUAGCUUGGAUCAAAGCGGAUACAAAAGCAAUUCUGGCGAUCCACGAACAUGUCAUAACCAAUAAUGCACGUCUGUCAGUAACACAUAAUGAUUAUAACACUUGGACUUUAAAUAUAAAGAAUGUUAAACGAGAAGAUAGAGGACAGUACAUGUGUCAAGUUAAUACCGAUCCAAUGAAAAUGCAGACGGCAUUUUUGGAGGUGGUAAUUCCUCCUGAUAUUAUAAAUGAAGAAACGUCUGGCGAUGUGAUGGUUCCUGAAGGAGGAUCGGCGAAGUUGGUGUGCAAAGCAAGGGGUCAUCCUCAACCGAGUAUUACGUGGAAAAGGGAAGAUGGAGGAGAAAUUAUCGCCAGAGAAGGGCCCAAUGGAAGAACCAAGCUUUAUUAUGUCGAAGGUGAAGUGUUGACUCUGACAAAAGUUACAAGAUCAGAAAUGGGCGCGUACCUUUGUAUUGCAGCUAAUGGUGUACCUCCGACAGUGAGCAAACGGAUGAUGCUUCAUGUACAUUUUCAUCCUCUUAUUCAAGUUCCAAAUCAAUUGGUGGGCGCUCCAACAAAUACAGAUGUAACACUUCAAUGCCAUGUUGAAGCUUCACCGAAAGCUAUCAACUACUGGACCAGGGAGAAUGGAGAGAUGAUCAUCUCAAACGAUAAAUAUUCGAUGUCUGAAAUCAAUGUAUCGUCAUACAGCAUGCAGAUAAAGCUAGUAAUUCACCGUUUCCAAAAGUCCGACUUAGGAGGCUAUAAAUGCAUUUCAAAGAAUUCGAUUGGAGAUGCUGAAGGGAGCAUACGUCUCUAUGAGUUGGAGGCAUUCAAUAAAGUUGAGACAGGGGACAUGAGUGUAAUGGAGAAAAGCUCAGAGAAUGAUAUUGAAGGAAGGGAGUCGUCUGAAAGUCAUAUAAACCAUGGGUUCCAGGGCUUGCUAACGGAAUCGAGUGACAGCAGUAUACGGCCUGAGGGUAACGAGGCUCCAAAAGGAAGUUUAGGGGUAAUUGCUAUGUUCUGGUGCAGUCAGCUGUUUCUGCUGCUUUUCUUUCUCUGACAAAAUCUAGUGUAUGUGAACAAAUGGGAGUGAUAUGUGCCAAAUUACCUGUGCUUCGCUACUCAACAAAUGUGUUCGGAGUGAAGACGGCUCUGUAACAUAAAUUAAUGUAUAGGCUUUGAUGUUGUUGCAUUAGAAAUCGGCAUCACUAUAUAUAUAUAUAUAUAUAUACGUACAUAUAUAUUAAUUGAAAUAAUCAUAAUUUAUCGUUACCUUUACCUUCAUUAUUUUUUUAUUGUUCUGUCAUAUAUUUUUUUUUGAUUUUUGGAAUUUUAAUUAACGUUACUACUCAAACAUGUUGGCUCUAUUAAAAUUUUUAUAAAUUAUUUUCUAUUGUAACGAUAAUAAAAAAAAAAAAAACAUCAGCCUUUAUUGUUAUCAAAUGCCUUUUUUGUAGUAUUUAGUAUAUCUUUUUGAGCAGCGAGCAGGCAUAGGCACACGAUAACUUCUCAGGUAAGUGACAAUUAUUGAUAAUUAAUUGAAAUCGUCACAACGUUUCUUAUUUGUACUUGUAAAUUACCGCUUUAUCGUAAGUCCGAAGAAGAUUAAUUCAGCUUUUUGUAUAUGUAUGACUUGCAAAUUUUUCUCGAGCAAAUUUGUUUGCGAAUUUUAAAAGCAAAUUUUGCCGAAUUUUUAUGGGCGAGCAGCAGUUAGGAUAAACAUUGCUACGAAUAUUUAAGGUAGGUACUAAACAAAUAGAAAUGUUUGAAGGAAGGUAAUUUUUAUUAUUCAGUUUAAUAAUUUUCCAAAACUUUUACAAUUUCUUCGAAAAUAAUGACUUGAUUACAGGCGUAAAUUGAAGUUAUUAUUCAAAUAUUACGUUUAAUUAAGUUAUCGACAAGAAUUUGUAAACGGUGUUCCAUGUAUUCUAAGAUAUUUUUCCUUGUCGAGUGUCUGGUGUAACUACCCGUUCAUCACAAUCCCAUUCCACAUUUACUCCAUCUAUCCAAUCGUCCCCUCCUUGCCUGCGUCCGCUAUGUCUACUCUAUCCCAUGAUUCGGACAUUGAUAAACCGUUUUUCGCAUAUACAUAUGUGUGAGAAAAUACGCUGGCUGGUUCUGCACGCGUGCCGUGAUAGAAAGCUGUAAAACAUUUAAAGGAUUUUACGUGAUAUUAGUCUGCAAACCCUUCGCUAUUUCCAUUGAAGCAUUUCCACUCCUUCCACAACUUAUAUACGUACUAAUAAAUCUCUAGCUGAUACUUCUGCUUCAAUUCGUUCGCUGUUCUCUUUACUCAUGAUCUCCACGGUCCAUUUUCAUUACACACAAUGGAAUUUUGCUCAAAGUAUUAAAAUACCGUCACAUUUUCAUGCAAUCAAAUAUAUGUAUAUGUAUAUAUAUCGAUGCUGUGUUUUCUUUCGGGCUUUUUGGCCGUGGUCCGUGGAAUCUUGCUUUUCCAGACGUUUCGCCGUUCUUUGAGACGGCAUCUUCAGUGACCAUCAGUUACGACUCAACACCUGCCGAGUCACCACGGCCAAAAAGCCCGGAAGAAAACA